UUUUUUUUCAAUGGGAAGCCAUGAUGGAAGUUUGAGACUUUAACAGAGGAGUAGCGACGGAAAAAGAUCCGACUGGAUACCGCUCCUACGUGACAUUUAAAUAUCGAGUUUUUAAUUUCUUGGUGGAGGCUGUCACCUUUAAUUUCAUGUGUUGGAAUUUGGACAUCGCGGAUUGUUGCAAUGUUCGAUGGCUUUUAUUUUUUUAAGGAUGGGUAGACGAGCUAGCGCGCUAGCCGUUGAAGCUAGCGGCUAGACUUAACGCGAGCUGAGCGCGAGCGAGCGGGGCUUUGACAAUCGUUCUUGAGGUGGAAGUGCACGGAGAGGACCCUCUCUCCGCCUUUCCGUUCAACCACGGCGGCUACGGUGCGACCAGAGACUUGUCGUGCACUAGAAAUUCUGCAGUUCGAGACGUGGGACCUUGCUUAUCUUUUAAACCGGGGCUCGUCUGAGCUGAGGAGGGCAUUUUGGAAGCCGGGCCUGUGGUGGUUUGGAGCGAGGCCCUUGAUGAGAGAGCCACAGCAGACUCCAUUCUAGUUAGCAGGGGGACUGCGAAACGAAUAGGGUAUUAAUCGACCGAAAGCAACAAUACUCUCUCACACACUAAAAACCUUAAAGACUCCUGUCACAGCCAUGGCUGCGAUCAUAAAAGAAAUUGUCAGUCGAAACAAAAAUAGAUACCAGGAAGAUGGAUUCGACUUGGACUUGACCUAUAUUUAUCCGAACAUCAUAGCUAUGGGCUUUCCAGCUGAAAGACUUGAAGGUGUCUACAGAAACAACAUAGAUGAUGUAGUGCGAUUCUUGGAUUUGAAGCAUAAAAAUCAUUACAAGAUAUAUAAUCUAUGUGCGGAAAGACAUUAUGAUACUGCCAAAUUUAACUGCAGAGUUGCACAGUAUCCAUUUGAGGAUCACAAUCCUCCUCAGUUAGAACUUAUUAAACCUUUCUGUGAAGAUUUGGAUAAGUGGCUCAGUGAAAAUGACAAUCAUGUGGCUGCCAUUCACUGCAAAGCUGGAAAGGGACGUACGGGUGUCAUGAUAUGUGCAUACUUGUUACACCGAGGCAAAUUCAAAAAAGCACAAGAGGCUCUGGACUUCUAUGGUGAAGUUAGAACCAGAGACAAGAAGGGAGUAACUAUUCCCAGCCAGAGGCGAUAUGUGUACUACUAUAGCUACCUUCUGAAGAAUAAGCUGGAGUACAAACCUGUGGCCUUGCUCUUUCACAAGAUGGUGUUUGAGACCGUGCCUAUGUUCAGUGGAGGGACUUGCAGGGAUUCUGCUGUAAAAAGCAAGAGUGAGCAGAUUCCACAUGGGUUCAGAAAAACCAAUUGGCAUUGGGAUCCUCAGUUUGUUGUGUACCAACUGAAAGUGAAAAUCCACACAUCUAAUCCAGUGCACACAAGGCGAGAGGAGAAGUACAUGUACUUUGAUUUUCCACAGCCACUGCCCGUGUGCGGAGACAUCAAGGUGGAGUUCUUCCACAAGCAAAACAAGAUGCUGAAAAAGGAUAAGAUGUUUCACUUCUGGGUGAACACCUUCUUCGUCCCUGGACCAGAUGAGAGCUCAGAGAAGGUUGAAAAUGGAGGUUUAGUGAAGGAACUGGAUGGAAACCAAACCACAGAACAGGGAGAGAAUGAUAAGGAUUAUCUAAUCCUGACUUUAGCCAAGAACAACUUGGAUAAAGCCAAUAAGGAUAAAGCCAACAGAUACUUCUCUCCAAACUUCAAGGUGAAGUUGUACUUCACAAAAACAGUGGAGGAACCAUCCAACUCGGAGGCCAGCACUUCUACGUCUGUAACCCCUGAUGUUAGCGAUAAUGAACCGGACCUUUACCGGUAUUCGGACACAACAGACUCGGACCCUGAAAAUGAUCAGUAUGAUGAAGAACAGAUUACUAAAGUUUGAAAUAUUUUUAUGGGAAGAAAAAAGAAACCAUAUGUAAUAGUUGUAUAAAGGAGAAAACUUGAAUAUGAACUGAAAGCAAGUACUUUUUUUUUUUUUUCCUCCAAGCUGAAUUAGGACACACGUCACACAUAUGCCACCAGAUGUAGGGACAAAAAUGCUGACCAAUUUUUCUUUUGUUCAUUCACAACGCUCCAUGAAGUAUCAACACUGAUGUUUUGUGGAAAACCGCAUCAGUAGCUAUUAUGUAAAUACAUGUUCAUGCAGUAACACAAGAAAGGAAACCCAGUCAGGAUGGGGGAUCGUUUAUGGGAGAAAUUCAGUGGAGAUCAUAAUUCGCUGCUCCAUCAACCUGUUGAAACCUAGGCCAGUGCUUUAAUCAGCAUUCAUGUAUCCAUGUCAGUCCUUCACUAGUCUGUCCUGUCCUACCUACUGUGAAACCCUUCUCAUGCUGCUGGAAGGCCGCCAUGUGUCAGUCUGGCUCUGUUGUGCAGUGGAAACUGCGUCGCUAGUCCUUUUUUAGUCUGCUUUCAUCAGUACCACUACUAGAAUGGAGGUGGUAAUGAUUCUACUAAACUACAUGACACCUUGGCAGAAAACACAAUAUUUAGCUCCACCAUGUAUUAUUAUUAUAAUUUUUUUUUUUAAUGCAAAUAUACACACAACACAACAGGGAAACCAGUGUUGCAAUAAUGUUGAUCGAAGGUGUGCAUGUUAUUGGAAUCAGUUUCCAUGUUGUUAAAUAAAUAGUAUACAAUGUUUUUCUAAAAAAAAAA